CAAAUACAGUAUGCUUAGUAAAACAAUUUUACGAAGUUCGGCGUCUAAUGUUCUUAAGUGAAUAAUUAAGCGAUUUAUUAAAGACGUUGCUAUUAUUUAGUUCAAAUAGCAAAUGCCUCUAUGAUAUUCAUUUUGUCCAAUUAAAAUCAUGAAACGAUUGUCUGACAUAUCGAACGAAAUCACUUAUUUCAAAGUUUGUUUUUAUUUAUUAAUACUUCAUUUCGUUUUAUGGCAAAAUCUUGAAAAUUAUUUCUCAGUAUGUAUUAGCGCUGUGAUUUUCUGUAUCAUUAUCGUCGACUGAAAAAUCUCUCAAAUGGGUGAAAAUUUACAUAAGAAGUCUGACUUGGAAGUUGAAAAUGAAAAUGUCGUUGUUGACUCAGUAUUGAUGCAUAAAGCUACGCCAGAAUAUCUUCAAGAACUACUAAAAGACAAGAGGCAGCUGCAGAAUUUCCCAAACAUAUUCUUACACUUAGAAUUCAUUUUGGAGAAAGGUAAAUGCUUCGUUAAUAUAUCUCAUAUGUUUAGCUUGAAGUUAUCAGAUUGUAUCUUGUUUUAGGUGGUGCAGAGGUAAUGUCAGACCUAACAGACUUACAGUAUAGAUUAUAAAGCCGUACCUGCAUCCUAACAUUUAUAAAUUUAUAUUUAUUUCCAGUCCCUUUGUAUAUGAAUCGCUCAUUCAACUGGCCUUAUCUUCACACUUUGUUAAUAAAACCACAUGUUUCUUUAGCUUGUCGUUAAUAUUUAGUGAAUUGUACUAAUUUUGUUAAAAUAUUAAAAUUGACAUGUGAAAUGUGUUGCUCAAAUCAACAAUAAUACAUCAUUUGUGCUUCUAAUUGGGAUCUAAUAUAGUCUUUAACGUUACGUUGUGUAUGUCUAAACUUUUGAUCAGUACCAUUUGUUUAAGACUAUUGAAAUACUAAUCUAAAACCAAGCUUGAUUUAUGAUAAUGCACUUAUUCUAAUACAUUUUGAGAGUAUCACAGUAACAUAAUUAUUAUAGUUUUGAUUUCCUUCAGUCGGUAGUGAGGGUUAUCUCACCAUAAUAAAAGUUUAUUUGAGUGUUUAUCCAAUACCUUUGUACAUUAUAAAUUGUUUGAUGUCACUUAAGAUUAUCGUUGUGUAUUUUGCCAUUGCAGAAAUUACUCGCGUAAGGCAGAAGCUGUUUCAUUUAAACGAAUCAGUAAAGAAAACUGAAAACGAGCUUCCAGUACCCUCCGGAAAUAUUGUGUCAUUGCAAGAGAAGGUAUUUGUUCCUGUGAAAGAAAAUCCCAAUUAUAACUUUGUUGGACGCCUCCUUGGUCCAAGAGGAUUGACUGCAAAACAGCUUGAACAAGAUUUGGAGUGUAAAAUCAUGGUGAGAGGUAAAGGAUCACUUAGAGACAAAAGAAAGGAGGAUUCAAACAAAGGGAAACCAAACUGGGAACACCUCGAUGAGGAGUUGCAUGUUCUGGUGAGCGUCGAAGAUUUUGAAAGUCGUGCGGCAAUUAAGCUGAGAAGAGCGUCUGAAACCAUUCGUGCAUUUCUUGAGCAAGGAGUGAGGACGGUAAAACAUAUCGAUAUUUUGAAGAACGUAAACACUUAUUAUCCUGUUGUAAGAACGCAUAAUUUGAAGCAUGAAAGAUCUAACUGGUUAUGCAUAGCAGUAUCAUUGGGAAAGUCUGGAGCCACAGUGUAUUUAACUGGACGAACAUCAAUGCCGCUUAAUGGCGGGGUUGGCGGUAGUCUCCAGGAAACGUCAGAUAUCAUCAAUAACUUUGGUGGUAAAGCUAUUCCUGUUGUGGUUGAUCAUUCUAAUGAAAAAGAAAUAGAAAAUCUAUUUCAUCAGAUUGGUCGUGAACAAAAAGGUCGCUUAGACAUCGUAGUCAACAAUGCAUAUAGUGCUGUAACAUUUUUACAGAAAAAUAUGGGGAAACCGUAUUAUGAAAUUACAGACGUAUCUCCAGGUGAAGCUUGGGAUGUUGUUAAUGAUACUGGUCUAAAGAAUCACUAUAUUUGUUCUGUUUUGGCUACGCGAAUGAUGAUUGAAUACCAAAAAAAAAUAAAUCCAAGUUCAGCCCGACCUGGUUUGAUUUUAAAUAUCACUUCCGUCGGUGGAAAAAUCUAUCUUUUUAGCGUGACUUAUGGAAGUGGUAAAGCAGCACUAGAUCGCAUAACUCAUGAUAUGGCGUUCGAAUUAAGAAGGGAAAAUGUUAAUAUUUCGGUUGUCGGAAUUUCUCCUGGAUUAGUUCGUACAGAGCAUAUUCUUGACGCUGCUUCUAAAGGUUCGCUCACAAUGAAUAUAGAAAACAGUCAAUCUCCUGAGUUAGUUGGUCACGUAGUAGUAGGUAUGGCUACUGAAUCGCCUAGGAAACUACUUUCUCGGUCAGGUCAUAUAUUCCUUGUUAGUGAUUUAGCUGAGGAAUACGGUAUAUACGAAGAUUGUGGUCGAGAAAUCAUAAAUGUAAGGUCUUUGAAAUAUCUUCUUUCAUAUAAAGGCUACUAUAUUGCUAAGUUUAUACCCAGUUUUAUUCGAAUACCAGAAUGGUUGUUCUAUAUAAUGUUAAAAUAUAGAUGAGAACUUUUUAAUACAGAUUUCCGGCCUUCUUUUAGAUGGUCUGAUAAAGAAACAUUCAUUGAUACGUACUUUUUUGAAUAAGUUACUUUUCAGAAUAAUCUUUGUUUGAUAAUUUUCAAGAUGCUAUGUACCUGAUUCUUCUAAAUAAUGAUUUUUUCCAU